GCAGGCUGCAGGCACGCGGCUUCGGCGAACUCGCAGUUGCUUGUUCUCUUAUUUAUCUAGUCAUCGUCGUCGAAUGAUACAUAUUUAUUACGUGUCUCGACCAUUACGAGGUUAGACACGUGGUGAGAAGCACGUGGGUCGGUCCGGGCCGGUCAGGGCCGGUAGCGUGGCACAGAAGUCGUAAACGUCAGCGGGUAUGCCGAGUAUGGUUCUGUCCGGGAAACACGACGGUAUAAAGCAAGUGCCUUGGUUAUCUCCGGCAGAAUGGCACGACGUGUACAGGCAGAUUUAUUCCAACGACCCGGUCGAGCAAGCAAAGGCCUACGAGGCGCUUUUAGCGUGGAAAGCCAGGAUGCCGAAGCUACCAGUGGGCGUGGACUGCACUCUGUCAAUUUUACAAGUGUGCCUCCGCGAUCGCGAGUGGACGUCCAAGAUCGACAGUGGCGAGCUACCGAUGUACUGCGAGAACGACCUGAGCUUGAUGUACUCGACCACGAUAAUGAGAUUCUUAAACCACUUUUCCAAUAUAGGCCAUACAAAGCAGACGUCCAUGUUUAAGAUCGCCAGCCAACUGAAAAUCCCAGAGUGGAUAGUCAAGUUGAGACAUGAGACUGCCCACGGAUACGAAUUGCCCUCCAUUGGAGUGUUGAGGAUAGCAAUUAAUAUAUUGCUGCAUUGGCUGCAUGACGAGUAUUGGGCACCUGAGGCACGCACAAUGGAAAAAUGUUACGUGAAAAAAACUGAUGCGUCAGAGGAGGAAGAAGAAUCCGAAGCACAGGAUUUUACAGAUGUGAUCGAACUUUGGACAGCUGUUGGUUUAUAUGUCAACGCUGGUUAUAACGUAGUAUCGGAUUUACCAGAGAUACAAUUACGGGAAAUAUUGCAAGAUUUACGCACAUACAUGCUGACUCAGUAUAGAAAUAAAACUUCAAACAAUGACGAGAACGAAUAUAUAUCCGUUCACAAAAGAACUAUAAAAAUUGAUAAAGAAUAUAAUUUGCAAACUGCACAAGCACUACUUUUAUCUAAGAUAUCUGUGGAUCUAAAUGAAUCGUCAGGCACAAUGCAGGAGAAGAGCGACGCAAUUUGUAACGCGUUAUGCAAAAAUGAAGCUUUCCUACCAAAUUUAGAUAUCAUGAGAAUUUUUCAACGUAAAGAAAAAAAGAAUACUAAUUUGAAAAGAAGGAUACUGCCGCCCGCGAUACUUUUAUUCUGGAAAGAUAUCAUUUUCUUGUUGCAUGAGAAAGAGAUGUUAGAGACGCUGCUGUUCAAGUUGCUUAAUAUCGUAGAUCAAGAACGUGAAACGAAAGAAAGAAGAACGCUCGCCGCCUUAUGGAUAAGUUCCACCUUCUAUAGUUUUGUUCAGCUGAACAUCGUCCAAGAUAUUUCUCGUACCAUGGAAUAUCACGUACAGAAGGCAGAAAGAAAAUUAGACACAAAGACUUUAAGUCAACGUCUCAAAGAACGCAUACACUCUAAACAUCCAUAUUUACGGAAUGUCUUGUGGUUAGACAUAUCAAGUACCAUCCCGCACUUUCUUCUCGAUAUAAAAUUUUUAUCCAGCCUUUUACUAAAUGUCAACGACGUCUCCGCAAGAUUGAUAGAACCAAUUUUAAAGUUGCUUACAUCGAAAAUAGGUGCGCAAACAAAAAGGCAUUUGUUAAAUUUACUUCAAAUUUAUACAUUCCAAAAGCAUGACAGUGAGGAUGACAGCAACAAUGAUGUUGAUAAGAUAUUUAGUGUCCAAGAUCUUAAUCCAAGUCCAACAGAAAAUGAGGUGCAGAUGGAUAAAAUAAAACGUGCAACUAAAAAGAAGACUGCUCCUUUGUUGGCAGACCAAAUAAUCCGUAAUUCACAUUGGAAAUCAGCACAUGAUACGUACCAAUGGAUUGGAUGUCCCAUUGGAUUACUACCGUGGCAGGUAGACUCGUUGAAAAGUAUGGAACCACUCAAACUAAAUCCAUCGAGACACUCUGUUUCGGUUCUGGAUUCUCAAAUAGUCGCUGGUAUUAUAAACCGUAAGAACUUGAAAAUGCAAAGUCGUAUUAAGUGGGACGAAGUAUUACGAAAAAAAAGGAGAAUAGAGAAGAAACGUAACACGGGUGUCGUGGAUGUUAUAAUGAACAGAGCACUAGAGCGUGCCAAAAACCAGACGUAAUGUAGAUAUGAACUUAUUGUCUAAUAGGACAUUGUCGUCUAUUGCUUACGUCAAUAAAUAAAUGUUUAGUAUAUUUAUAAUAAAAUUUAUAACAAAACUGUC